UCCUCUCCCUCCUUGGAAGCGCAGGCAGCCAGUCGCGCAGCCUCCUUCCUUCGACGCGGCCGGCUGCCUCCUGCUCCUUCUCCUGCUUCUCCUUCUCUUGCCGGGGCAGGGAUGGGUGGGUGCGGCAGGGCCUGGGCGUUGCUCCUGCUCCUCUGGGGCGUCCAAGGCCAGGAGCCCCAAGCAGCCACGGCUUCCAGCCCCAGCAGCCCCAGCAGCAAUGGGGCCAACCGCCGGCGCCGGCUGAGCCAGGAGGACGGCCUCUCCUUCGAGUACCACCGCUACCCGGAGCUGCGGGAGGCCCUGGUCUCGGUGUGGCUCCAGUGCCCCUCCAUCGCCCGCAUCUACAGCGUCGGGCGCAGCUUCGAGGGCAGGGAGCUCCUGGCCAUCCAGAUCUCCGACAACCCCGGAGAGCACGAGCCCGGAGAGCCAGAAUUCAAAUAUAUUGGGAACAUGCAUGGAAAUGAAGCUGUUGGAAGGGAGCUUCUCAUCUUCUUGGCUCAGUACCUAUGCAAUGAAUACCAGAAGGGAAAUGAAACAAUCAUCAACUUGAUCCACAGCACACGCAUCCACAUAUUGCCAUCCCUGAAUCCAGAUGGGUUUGAGAAGGCAGCAUCACAGCCAGGUGAACUCAAAGAUUGGUUUGUUGGCCGAAGUAAUGCACAGGGAAUAGACCUAAACCGAAAUUUCCCUGAUCUAGACAGGAUAGUUUAUGUGAAUGAGAGAGAAGGUGGUCCGAACAAUCAUUUACUGAAAAACCUGAAGAAAGCUGUGGAUCAGAACCCAAAGCUUGCACCCGAAACAAAAGGUGUGAUUCAUUGGAUUAUGGAUAUCCCUUUCGUAUUGUCAGCCAAUCUUCAUGGUGGAGAUCUUGUGGCAAAUUACCCAUAUGAUGAGACUCGUUCUGGUAGUGCUCAUGAAUAUAGCUCUUGCCCAGAUGAUGCUGUUUUCCAGAGUUUAGCUCGAAGCUAUUCAACUCUUAAUCCAGCCAUGUCUAAUCCAAACAGGCCACCAUGUCGCAAGAACGAUGAUGACAGCAGCUUCAUAGAUGGAACAACCAACGGUGGUGCUUGGUAUAGUGUUCCAGGAGGUAUGCAGGACUUCAACUACCUCAGCAGCAACUGCUUUGAAAUCACAGUGGAGCUUAGCUGUGAAAAAUUCCCUCCUGAAGAAACGCUGAAAAGUUAUUGGGAGGACAACAAAAAUUCACUCAUUAAUUACAUUGAGCAGAUACACCGAGGAGUAAAAGGAUUUGUUAGAGAUCUUCAGGGCAAACCUAUUGCUAAUGCCACCAUUUCUGUGGAGGGCAUAAACCAUGAUGUUACAUCAGCUAAGGAUGGUGAUUACUGGAGAUUGCUUGUACCUGGAAAUUAUAAAGUGACUGCCUCAGCAUCAGGCUAUCUAGCAAUAACUAAAAAAGUGGCAGUUCCUUUCAGUCCUGCUGUCCGGGUUGAUUUUGACCUGGAAUCGUUGUCUGAAAGAAAAGAAGAAGAAAAGGAAGAGCUAAUGGAAUGGUGGAAGAUGAUGUCAGAAACUUUAAAUUUUUAAGCAGAAACUGAAUUUGCAGCUUUUAAUCUGUUAUGUGUUGACUUAGUAUAAUGUACUGUGGAAAGUCCCUCUAUUUUAGAUCAUAGAAUCAUAGAAUCGUAGAGUUGGAAGAGACCACAAGGGCCAUCCAGUCCAGAUUUUGUGUAGCUCUCAAUAUUUAACUUCAGGUUUUGUUUUGUUUUUGAGUAAUUUUAAAAAAGAACAAUAAUAAUCUCUACAUGAAAAUGAAUUGCUAGAUACUUUCAUACUAUCAUUCACUAUCCUACAUACACAACAAGGGGAAGAAUACCAGAAUGAAUGUCUCAUUCUCCUAAUCCAAUACAAAGUUGGAUGCUUCACUUACAAAUCCUGAAUGUGUAGGUUAAAUACAUUUAAAAAACUAUAGGAAGUAGCAGCUGCUUAUGGCUACUGCCACAAAUAUUUGGCAAUGCAGGUGAACAGAUAAUAUUCUCUAAUGUCUCAGAAAAUAAUGACACUUAAAUUGUAUACAGUAAGAUUUAAUGUUGUAAGUAGUGCUUCACUACAGUUAAAGAGUGUUUAUGUAUCUGUGGAAAAGCUAUGUGAAAAUAAGAAUUGUGCAUAUUUGGGUUCAAUCCACUGACAGAGAAAUAAUCUUUCAUUGUUCUGUCUUAAAAGAGGAACUCAUACAUAAUUCCCCCCACCUUUAUUCUGUGCAAUAAUGUUCCCAAGACACUUAGUCAUCAGAUUAAAAAUUCUGGAUGGAUAAAGA